UUUAAGAUUAACUGAAGAGGUAAAAAAAUGUAAGAAAAGUCAAAAAGCAUUAGAAUAAUUUUUUUGGAAAAGUACAUAUAAAUUUAUAGAUUUAGAAAUAGAAAACAAAAAGGAAAAAUCAUCAUUAGCUUUCUAUAUGCUUUUAUUAUUAGGGCAAGAACGUGCCAAAUUUAUGGAUACAUAUGAAUUCGAUACUAAAACAAUGGAAAUGUUUUAUGAUAUGAUAAAUGAUUCUUUAAAUUUACUAAUUUAUUUCCUUAGGUUUUAAUCAGAAGGUUUUUCUUAAUAUCUUUAGUUAAUGCCUUAAAAAGCCUUAAAAGAACUAGUUUUGACCUAUCAAAUUCCAAUUGAAACAGCAUUUUAAAUAACUAGAGCGGGCUUUAAGUAAUUUUCUUAAAUGACAGAAAGCGAAUAAGCUGAAUGUUUUAAAGAAAUCAAAGAAUUGUAUGAUUCUUUAGACUACUAAACUAGGCUUAUAGGUAAUUAUGAGCACAUGGAAACAGAAAUAAAGAAGAAGGAUAAGAAUAAGAAAUAAGAUUAUCAAAAAUAGAAAGCAGAUAACAAAAAGGAUUAUGGGAUAUAAUCAAGCCAGAAUUAUAUUGUACUUUCUGGAUGCUUUCUUUAGAAAAUAUUAGUAUAAAUUAAGAAGUAUACAAAGUACAAAUAGCAGAAAUAAAAGACAAUAUAAGUAAAAAAUGGCAAGAAAAAAUAAAAAAGAAAAAGAUAAACCAAAAGAAUUAAGAGAUUAAGAAUCUAUUUUAAAAAAACUAGAAACUGAAUUAGAAAUAUACACAAAAAGAUAUGAAUAAUAUGAAUUAUAUAUAUAAUCUAUAAAACCUAAAUUAUAUAUAGACUUUAAAGAAAAAGAUAAUUUUAUUACUUAAUUUUCUUAAAGUUGUAUUCUUCCUAGAAUGGUAAUAGAAUAAAACGAAGCUAUGUAUUGUUCUAGAUUUUUUUUAUGCCUUUUAAGAAUCAACUAUGCUCCUUUGAGUGAUUCUGUUAGGUCUAUUAAAUAAAUUGUUAUGAAAAUUUUACCAUAUAUUUAAUGUGCUACUGAAAAGGAAGCUAUCAAUAUUUCUAUUUUAUUAAUGACAUUUUUAGACCAUUUUCUAAUUAUUUGGAUGGCAAGUAUUCUUGAUAAAAUGUUUAAAGUUAUUUAAUAAAUGACCAAAAACGAAAUCUAAGUUAGAAAUAUAUUAACUCUUUUAAAUGUUAUUAAGAACAUUUAUCCUAAAUAUAAACAUUAAUGUUAAGAAUGUAAAGUUUUAAUGGAUUAACUUGAAAAACAAUUUUCAAAAGAAACUUAUAAAAGUCUCACCAUUAGAAUUGAAGGAUAUUAAUUAUUUUUAGGCUCUCUUAAAAAUUUAACUGAUGCUCCUACUAAAUAAAAAGAAUAGGAAAAGAAAAAUAUUACAAAUCCUAGUACUGAAAAUUUAAAAAGUAGUCAUAGAAGUUCUGUAGAAAAAUAUAAAAAAGAACAUGAAAAAAAAGAAAAAUUACAAAGCAGAGAAAAAUCAAGUGAUAAAACUAGUAAAAGAGACGGAGAAUCAAGAAAUAAAAAAUAAAGAGAGGACAGAAAAUGA